AUGACCGAGGCGUUCAUUAGACUGUUGAGAGACACUGUUGAAGAAAUUGAUUGUAUCCUGACAGCAAAUUAUCAUGAAAAUCGUGAGUUAUGUCUAAGGCGUCUGGAGGUGCUUGCGGAACAAGCAAUGAGAUGUGAUGGUGUAAAUCUAAACAUCAUUGAUCUAUUAAAUCAGGCGAAAAAUAUUAUAAGGCGAGACACAGCAAGGAAUGAUGACUAUUGCUCUUAUCAAACACCACAAGAGAUAACUGGCAGAAGAGGAAGACCAAAGUUUUUCAUUGCAGAGGAACAACUACACUUUUUUCAAAGUAAUGUCGUAACUGUAUGUUUUAAUAAGUAUUUAUAACGCUUAUAUAUAUAUAUAUAUAUAUAUAUGAUGAGGCAUUGUACGCCGAAACAUGCAUGUCUGUAGAUUGUACAAUAUAUAUAUAUAUAUAUAUAUAUAUAUAUAGACAUAUCACAUGGGUUGUGGAACAGGGGGCUAUAUAGGAGGGGCAUUAGGCUCCCCCCCAAAUAUUAUGAAGAGAGCGAAUUGAAUAAUAUGUCUUUUAACUUUUUGCUCGCUGUCUAAUAUGUAAAAGAAAAUAUCAUGCACUAUGAUUAAGUAAAUUUAAGUUGACUUUCUUUGAAUCAAUUUUAUUUUUCAUUUCUCUACAUUCCUGAUUUUAUAUUGCUGUAAUAAUACAAUCAACAUUUUUUUGAGGAAGGCGGGAGAAGCUGUUAUAUAAUUAAAAGUGCUAUUGUACACAAUUUUUUGCAACUAGUCUAAUUAAAAAGCUGAUGAAUUUUUAAAAAAUUAGCCCCUCCUCCUCCCCUUGAACUAUACAUAUAUUAGUCAAAUGUUAGAAAUAGCAGUUUAUCCAAAAUAUAGAAUGUUAAUUGUCCAUUGAUUAUUGUGUAGGUUAAUAUUAAAUUUGUCUUUUUCAGUUAUCUUCUUUUUUUUAGUUGUACAUAUAUUAGGUGAAAUAAUCUCUAUGCCACUCUGACCCUGCGUUUAUUACUUAUUAGGAAAUGGAUUUACCCAAAGAGAGAUGGCCAAAAUGCUGGGUGUUAGCUUACGCACAGUUGAGAAUAGAUUUGUUGAAUACAAUAUGACGAAUGUAUAUCGUUACAGCGAUAUUGACGACGACUCCUUAGAUGUUCAUGUGCAACACAUAGUUGCACACUUUCCACGAUCAGGUAAAUACUUUAUAAUGGAGAAAAUACCCUAAUCUUCAAGCGGUUAGCUACUAAAAAUUAUACCCUUGAAAUGACAUUGUAAAUUAUUUUUAACAAAUUGUGUUAAUAUAACUUUACUUGACGUUGUUUACGAUUUUCCAACAUUUUUACUUAAAAUUCAAAUUAAAUCGUUACACCUUUUGUGAACUAUAAUACAGUACUGUAUUGUAUUAUAAUAAUACUGAAAACCACCAAGUAAUAAUUACCGACACCGCAAUUUUUCUUGCAGGCACCAAAAUUAUUAAAGGGGAGCUAAUUUCACAUGGUAUUCGAGUGCAAAGAAGAAGACUCCGAGACUCACUAAAGCGAGUUGAUCCCGUAGGAAGGAGAUUACGCGCAAUGGAUUCGUGUAUACAAAGACGUGUGUACAAUGUCCGGUCGCCUCUCGCUCUAUGGCACAUGGACGGAAAUCAUAAACUUAUAAGGUUCGAAGUUUCUAAAUUGUAUAAUAAUCACGCACUAGUAAACAAUAUUUUAUUUACUGUUGUUUUGUUGAUUUAAGGUGGCGAUUCGUCGUUCACGGUUGUAUCGAUGGUUUCAGUCGUGUGGUCGUCUAUCUAGCGUGUAACACCAACAAUACUUCAGCAGCAGUACUGGACCUUUUUAAGAAGGCCGUUGUCGUUUGGGGUUUGCCUUCCCGUGUGCGAGGUGACAUGGGUGUUGAAAACCGAGACGUUGCACGUUUCAUGCUUUCCCAUGAAAGCAGGGGUCCUGGACGAGGCAGUUAUCUAACAGGGCGGAGCGUUCAUAAUUGCCGCAUAGAACGGCUUUGGCGUGAUGUCUAUCAGAGUGUUCUGUCCGUUUUCUACGACCAUUUUAUGCAUAUGGAAUCAACAGGAAUUCUUGAUCCUGAUAAUGAAGACCAUCUGUUUUGUCUUCAUGAAUUGUACAAACCGGUUAUUAAUGAUGCGUUGCGUAGAUUCUGUGAUUCAUGGAUGAAUCAUAAAUUGCGCACAGCUGCAAACAAGACACCUCUUCAGUUGUUUAUAAUGGGAAUGCAACAAAUUGGGAGGGAGGACAGCGUCAUACCAAAUGAAUAUUUUGAAAAUCUGGGUGAG